GGCUACAGUGAUGUGUCUAUUACAUGCUCAAUGAUUUCACUGUGGGCAGGUCUAGGUCAUGAGGUACGGCGGGAAGGUAGAGCUGACAAGGCAUACGUUUAAAGGUUUAUCUCGGAAGUGUAUUUCAUACAACAUGGGUGCGAAAAAUAAGUCCUUGAGGAAUUUAUUUUUGCUCAGGACCUCCUGAGAGACCGUCUGGAUUGUGUGCGUGUGUGUCUAUGUGUGUAUGUCUGUGCAUUCUCAUUAUGCCACUGUGAGUGUCAGGUCUAUAAUGUUCCUCAAACGUUUUAGCUAUGUAAUAACAAUGUUGUGCAUCAGGCUUAUUGGCAUCUGUCUUUCAUCUUGGAUGUAUUUGACAAACAUGCUGUAAUUCUACUCUCAUGCUGGGAAACUUGACUUCACACCCCACACACACCCCAUCUAAACACAAGCGCUGAUUCAACGCACAAGCAGACAGAACAGCACGACAGAUGGUCUCAAUAGGUCUUGAGAAACUCCAGCGACCAACUGACCGAACAGCUCUCCUGACUUGAAGCAUUGUCACAAAAUGUCUCCUGUGGGACCCCUCCUCGCCCUGCUGGUCCUUCUCUGCUCCCUGGACCCCAGCCUGGGGUGUUACUGUGACCACUACCCAUGGAGCCAGUGGAGUGCCUGCUCCAAAACCUGCAACUACGGCACGCAGAGUCGCCGCAGGAGUGUCACAUAUGACCAGCAUUACUGGGAGAACGCGUGUGCGCAGCUCUGUCAAUGGGUUGAGAGCAGGGCCUGUAACGUGGAGGCGUGUCCUGUUCACUGUCAGCUGACUGAGUACGGAGCCUGGUCCCCAUGUUCCCCCUGCGCCAAGAAACAGUUUCGGACGCGGUCCCUGGUGAAUCCAGCCCAGUUUGGGGGGGUGGACUGCAGCGAGACACUGAUGGAAGAUCGGGCGUGUCACCCCAGCUCUGAGUGUCAGAUAGAGCGUGUCCAGUGCAAGGACCGCUUCCAGUGUGACAACGGUCGCUGUAUCAGCCCCAAACUGAAGUGUAACUCACAGAAUGACUGUGGGGAUAAUUCAGAUGAGAGACACUGUCCCAGAGUCAAGAAAGUGUGCAACCGGGUCUAUGAGAUCAUCCCGGGUGCUGACCUCAUGGCGAACGGGUUUGAUGCCGUGGGGGAGAAGAUGCGUGCUGCAGUUCUGGACAACUCUUUCAUGGGCGAGGAGUGCAUCACAAACCGCAGUCGGGAGGACAGGAAGUCAUACCGUAUCCCGGAAAAUGUUGAAAGUGUGGAACUGCAGGUGGAGAUGCUGGAGGACUUCAAAGCCCAGGAUACCACUGUGCAGAGUCAGUCGGUGGAGCUGGCCUCAGAUGGAUCCAGUACCUUCUCCAGAUCAGGUGGCGGGUUUAUCUUUGUCCCCAUCUUCUACGUUUCAAUCAACUAUCAUCAGUCCCAAGGCUCCAGCUCCUUCCGCUCCUCAGUCAAGGCCUCACAGAAGAAGGAUUCCAAAUUCUUCCGCGUUCACCAGGUAGCAGCCGUGUCAACGUUCCGGACGAAGCAGUCGGACCUUUCCCUGUCCCUUCCCUUCAUGAGCUUCCUGCACAGCCUGCCUCUGGAUUACAGCUACGCCAUGUACAGGCAGGUCUUCAAAGCUUUCGGGACACACUACUUUGGCUCCGGCACCCUCGGAGGGAUCUAUGACCUACUCUACCAGUAUGACCGAGAGGAAAUGAAGAAUUCAGGUGUCACAGAAGAGCAGGCCAACGGCUGCAUUCAGUCAGGAUCUGCACGUUCAAUCUUUAUUUUCUUUUCAUCAUCAAGGAAGGUUCGAUCGUGCCAUGAAAAUAAAAUGUCUGAAAAACAUGAAGGGUCCUUCCUGAAAGCGUCAGAGAAGUCUAUCUCCAUGGUGAAGGGUGGCAGGGCUGAGUAUGCUGCUGCAUUGGCCUGGGAAAGGCAGGGAGCAGACACCAGCAGCACUGCCUAUAGAGACUGGCUGGAGUCAACCAAAGACCACCCAGCCAUAGUGGAGUAUGAGCUUUUGCCCAUCCUGAACCUGGUCAGAGGGAUCCCCUGUGCGGUCACUAAGAGGAGACACCUGGAGAGGGCGCUGUUGGAGUACCUGGAAGAGGUUGACUCCUGCAAGUGUGCACCCUGUCCCAACAACGGCCGACCGGUUCUAUCCGGGACGGAGUGUCUGUGUGUCUGUCAGACUGGCACCUACGGGUCCAACUGUGAGAAACGUGCCCCGGACUACACUUCUGAGGCAGUAGAUGGGCGCUGGAGUUGCUGGGGAGCUUGGAGUGUGUGUGACUCCUCCAUGAGGAGGCACCGGGUUCGACAGUGCAACAACCCUGCCCCUCUGCGUGGGGGGAAGGCGUGUCCCGGGAGCGACCGGCAGGAGGAGGGGUGCCACGUCUCCAUCUUCCAAAAGCAGGACGUCUGUAUCAGUGAUGAUGAGUUUGAGGCAGAGGAUCGGGAUAAAGUGGAGCCUGGCCCUCCAGGAUGCCCCAGACCCCAGCCACCUGCAAACAGCUACCUGAGGCGGGAUAAGAAGCGCUAUGACUUCGGGGAGCAGGAGGAGAUGCUGUGUUUCACUGGGUUCGAGCUGCAGGGGUUCCAGUACCUGCGCUGUCUGCCGACGGGGAAAUGGAGCGAUCCGCAGGGAACGUGUCUCAAGAGGGUGUGUGUGAAGCCGUCUCUCCCUGAUGGCAUGACCCCGCAGCCCCAGAAGGAGGAGUAUUACAUUGGGGACGGGCUGGUGCUCACCUGCGGGUCUGGCCUCGUGCCCUCGGGGCCCCAGUACUACACCUGCGGGGCCAGCCUUACAUGGGAACCUCUCGUCCCUGAGGACAUGCACUGCAAGAGCGACGUUAAAGCCUGCCACCAUCUCAACACACUCUUCAGGUGCCCCUCUCCACGGCGCCUUAAGGGAUCUACAAAGGACAUCCAGCCAAUAGCUGAGUUGCUCCAGUUCGUCCCUGAUACAAGCUGCAAGAGGGGGGAGAAGAGAGCCGGCUCUGAGUGUGUGUGUUUUUCACCAGAGGAGUGCCGUUUGUACAGAGCGGACCUCUGCGUGCUGGACGCAGGGACUGGCGGCGUCGAGAUGAAGUCGGCCUGUGCCUUCCAUGGUGGGCAGUGCCGGGGAGACCCCCUGUUUUUCCUGAGCGAGGGGGCAUGCGCUCCGGAUCAGGAUAAGCUGGAGUGGGCCCGAUUCAGAGCCACUGUGGCUAACCGCAGCGAAGUUCAGGAGCCCUGCGGCCCUGACACCUGCUAUGAGUGGGAGACCUGCCAUGACUCAAAGCACUGCGAGUGCAAGCUACCGCGUGACUGCUCCAAGGAUGGGCAGCAGACCUUCUGUCUGGAGAUACAGAAGACCAAGAGCAGGAGGAGCAUGACCCUCUGCUUCAUGGCAGCCAUGAAAUGUGCCAGGAUUGAGUUUGACAUUGUCCACAAUGGGCCUUGUUAGAUGCCUGCUUCGAGUUUGGCAUCGACAGAAAUCAUCAGCAUAUGUCCAGAUUAACACUCUUACCAUUCCAAAGACUGUGGUUAACCAUAUCAUUAACUAAUAAACCAACAUUGUGCAUGAAGGUAAUUUUGAUAACACAUCAGACAUUGUAAAAACGGAAAAACGGUUGUAUGCUGAAUUUUGCUUAAUGAGUUUUAUUUUGCUAAAUAAAUACCCUUAAACGUCA